AUGUCGAACCGUCCAAUCUUCGUAGCGACUCAUCCUCGCGCAUGCUCCACAGCUUUCGAAAGAGUCUUCAUGCAAUGUCGUGAUACUCUCCAAUGUGUCCAUGAACCCUUCGGGGAUGCGUUCUACUUUGGCCCGGAAAGGCUGAGCAGCAGAUACGAGGAUGAUGAGAAGGCUAGAAUUGAAAGCGGCUUUGCCGGUUCGACAUAUCAGUCAAUAUUUGACAGGCUUGAGAGCGAAGCAUCUGAGGGAAAACGCCUUUUUAUCAAGGACAUCAUUCACUACCUCGUUCCCCCAAGCGGAAAGCCCGCCAGCAUCGCUCCCUCCUUACUGAGAAUUAAACGCGGUGUGGGCACGGAGGAUGGAAAUGCUGUCGACCCCGUGGGUGUGUUGGCCGUGGAACCAAGUUCCAAUGCCAAUAAGAACACCCCUUAUCCGUAUGAUACGCCUGCGGAGGUCGACAAUCCGACCGUUGUUCCGGCUGCACUGCUUGCCAAGUUCCAUUUCACUUUCUUGAUCCGUGACCCCCAUUACAGCAUCCCAUCCUAUUAUCGAUGUACGAUCCCACCGUUGGACGACAUCACGGGCUUUUACGACUUUUACGAAUCUGAGGCGGGCUACGACGAGGUCCGCCGUGUUUUCGACUACCUGCGCAAAAUACAGCUUGUCGGUCCGCAUGAUGCCAAUGGAAACGGGGUUGCAAAUGGCGCAUCAAAUGGAGCCUACACAAACGGUAACGACGUCAAUGGAAGCACCGCACCAGAAAAUAAUAAAAGAACUGAGAUUUGUGUCAUUGAUGCGGACGAUCUGCUGAAUGAUCCUACUGGCAUAAUCAAGCGCUACUGCAAGAGCGUCGGAAUAGAUUACACUCCCAAAAUGCUGACCUGGAAUACCGAGGAGGAUCAUCGAAUUGCCAAUGAGGCAUUCGAGAAAUGGAGAGGGUUCCACGAAGAUGCCAUCCGCUCAACUGAACUAAAAGCUAGAAGCCAUAAAGCACGCAAAACCGAAGCCGAAUUCGACCAAGAGUGGCGUGAGAAGUACGGCGAGAAGGGAGCAAAAAUCAUCCGCUCCGCCGUCGAUCGCAACAUGGCUAACUAUCGCUAUAUGAAGAAAUUCGCCAUGAAGGCUUGA